AUGUCUUUCGAAGAUGCUAGAAACGCCCUCUUAAUCGCUUAUGUGGAUGUUUUUCUGGAUGAUGAAGAGUUUAUUGUUCUUUACGAUUAUUACCAACCCGUUAAUCCUUCGUUUCCGUACUGGAAUUUUGAUCCAUUCUGUUUGGAUGUGUUCGACUCUUGCGAGUGCGAAGCUCACUUCAGGGUGGGCAAGGAUGAUAUUCCGAUGUUAUGGAACGCAUUGCGGAUUUCGGCGAGUUUCAAGUGCCCACAGGGAACUGUUUGCAGUGGCUUAGAAGGACUUUGUUUACUGCUAAAACGAUUAGCAUACCCAUGCCGCUAUUUCGAUUUAAUUUCAACUUUUGGUCGUCCGGUGCCAGAGCUCUGCAUGAUCGCUAACACUGUGCUUGAUUGGGUUCAAGAAUAUGCCUGUGCUAUAGCAAGACAAGGAAGUCCACUUACCAAUUAUUUUGGUUUCAUUCACGGCACGGUUCGCCUCAUAUGUCGCCCUGGAGAAAAACAGCGCGUUGUAUACAACGGGCACAAGCGUGUUCAUGCGCUAAAAUUUCAAUCUGUAGUAGUGCCAAAUGGUUUGAUAGCAAAUCUUUAUGGUCCGGUGGAGGGUGCACGCCACGAUGCACGGAUGCUUAAAGACUCUGGCCUGCUGCAAACGCUUGAAAGAGAAGCUUUCAGUCGAAGGGGGGACGUCCUAUGUCUCUAUGGAGACCCAGCUUACCCUCUUCGUCCUCAUUUAAUGGCCCCUUACAGGAUAGGGGAGGUCCCAGUAUUUACAGCCGAUAUGGAAGCAUUUAAUUCAGCAAUGAGUUCUGCUAGAGCUUCGGUGGAAUGGCUAUUUGGCGAUAUCUCCAACUCGUUCAAGUUCUUAGAUUUCAAGAAAAACUUAAAGUUAGGAUUAAGCGCAGUUGGAAAGCAGUAUAUAGUGUCCGCACUAUUUAGAAAUAUUCUCACCUGCCUUUAUGGUAACACAACAUCAACACAUUUUCAACUUGAUCCACCGACUGUUCAAGACUAUUUGGCCUAA